CUCGUGCAUGCGAAUUACGAGUUUUUGCAGGGACACGUUCGUCUACAUGUAAACACACCAAAUUAACGGAAUAUCUAAACGGCACACGCCCAAAAGACCACUCCACUCCACAUGCCCAAAGUUCACUCUUUUACUUCACCAAAGCUUUCUUGGAGAUAGGUUAUGGCUACGUCUACGGCACCAGCAGCCAUUACAAGUUUUUUGAAAUACGGUUUCCUUUCCACCAAAGCAUUUUCUGGGUCGACUAGCAGCCUCCAUUGUAGGAAGAAUGAGAAAUCGAGCGCAAGGAGAGUUUAUAGAGGUGUAACAACUGCCACAAUCGAUCAUAAGCCUCCGCCAUACUCACUUGAUGCUUUGGAACCUCAUAUGAGCCGUGAAACAUUUGAAUACCAUUGGGGAAAGCAUCACAGGGCUUAUGUCGAUAACCUCAACGCGCAAAUAGUUGGUACGGAACUGGAUAUGAAGUCAUUAGAGGAAAUUGUGCUUCUUACGUAUAACAAGGGUGAUUUCCUCCCGCCCUUCAACAAUGCUGCACAGGUCUGGAAUCACGAGUUCUUCUGGGAGUCCAUGAAACCGGGUGGUGGAGGCAAGCCAUCGGGAGAACUUCUAAAAUUGAUAAACAGAGACUUUGGUUCUUUUGAAGCUUUUGUGAACGAAUUCAAGGCAGUCGCAGCUACUCAAUUUGGUUCUGGUUGGGCUUGGCUCGUAUACAAAGCAAAUAGACUUGAUGUUGGAAAUGCCGUGAAUCCACUUCCAUCUGACGAGGACAAGAAGCUUGUGGUGGUUAAGAGCCCAAAUGCUGUAAACCCUAUUAUCUGGGAUUAUUCUGUGAGUAUAACAAUUAACAACCUUUUCUGUCCUCUUUUUCCUUUGUUUUCCUUUCAAAGUCUUCAAAUUCGUUCUUAUCCUGUUGGUUGGAAAAUCGGGCGUCAUGUUGAUUGUAUAUCAAAGCCACUUCUUACGAUUGAUGUUUGGGAGGUAAGCCGUUGAAAUUACUCUUAUUUAUAUCGUCGUUGUUUUUACCAGUAAGAAGAAAAUACAGAAUAAGUAAACUGGAAAAGUCUUUGGGUAAAUCACACAUAUUGGCUUUAGAGGAUUAGGUAAUCAAUUUACUUUCAGAUUUACAUAUGUGCUCUUGAAGUUUGUAUUUACUUUGACUGCAAUUUGGGGAAUAGAAACAAUAAGUACGAUACUCGUAACUUGAAAGAUAGCUGAGUUCUGUAGUAAAAGCUAAACAGAUGGAACCAUGAGUUUAUUAUUAUUUGUUAUCAUAACAUUAUUGGUUAGUAAUUUAUCAUAAAACCUGGGGAAUGACCGGUGUAUAUACUGAAUCAUUUAUUCUUCUUGCUCUUUUCAAUUCCCUUUCGCAGCAUGCUUAUUACCUCGACUUCCAG